ACGUCACAUCGCGCCGCGCGGCUUGUAAACAGCCUCAUGUGGCUAAAGAAAACUUUCUUCACGUUACACUCUGCCAGGGCGUGAAAACCGCAACACUUACCAUUUUUCAUAAUGAGUGACGAUACGGACUCCCCUCCCGAGAGGGAAAUGAAGGAUUUUCAGUUUCGUCAGAUGAAGAAAACCAGAGUCUUUGAGCCAGGUGAAGAAAUGCCCAAAGAUAGAUCGAGUCUACUUACCAUCUCCAACAAAUUCGGGUUAACCUUUGUGGGACUUGACAAAACAUUCAAAGUCUACCUGACUAAAGACAUUCUGGCUGCAGAUAAGGUUGAUGGCAACUCUAAUCAAAUAGUCAAAGAUGUACCAGCAGUGGCUGAGGUGACUGUGGAGCUGGCUUUGCACCACCUGGCUCUGAGCUGCGAUGAGCUCACUUUGUCAGUCUGUGGUAUGUCUGAGGAAUCAGCUUUGUCCUUCACCUUUUACGAUGUCCGCACCCUCAUGAACAAGUUGAGACCGCAGAAGUUACCGUUUGCGUCCCUGCAGCCUUCAGUAGCCCCUGGUACUUCAGUCCAGGACCUGAAGUGGAAUCCCACCCAGGUGUCCAUGUUAGCGUCGUGUCUGUCUGAUGGCAGCAUGAUGAUUUUGGAAGUUACUGAUGUUGUGAAAGUUCAGGCUGAACUCCCUGCUUCAAGCGGCAUCACUUGCAUUUGCUGGAGCCCCAAAGGAAAACAAGUGGCUGCGGGAAAAAUGGAUGCCACAGUCACUCAGUACACACCAGCGCUAGAGGAAAAAAAGGUUAUUCAGUGCCCUCACUUCUACACCAGUGAUGAACCUGUCAAAGCUCUGGAUGUCCUGUGGCUGAGGACUUUCGUGUUUGCUGUGGUAUAUGCUGCUGCAGAUGGGUCUCUGGAGACCCCUCCGGAGCUAGUAUUGAUCUCCCUCCCUAAAAAAGAUGAGAAAGUGGACACAAAGUAUCUCAACUUUGGCGACAGUGUGUACGGGAGCUGCACUGAGCGACAGCAUCACUACUUCCUCAGUCAUGUGGAGGACUGGGACCUUGUGUUUGCGGCAUCAGCAGCGUCUAUCGAGGUCAGCGUCAUCGCCAGACAGGAUGACAAGAUGUGGGAACUUUGGAUCUUGGAGGACGCAAGUCGAGCUGAGCUUCCAGUGACUGAGACAAAUGAAGACACUUUGCCCCUUGGCUUAGCGAUAGACUACACCAGCCAGCAGGAAAUCCACAUCAGUGAUGAGAAGACCCUGCCACCGGCUCCCACAAUGCUGAUGCUGUCCACUGAGGGACUGCUCUGCCCCUUCGCACUGCUGAACCUCAAUCCUGGGGUCAAACAGCUGGUGGCACCUCCGGCCACCCUUACGCUGGAGGGAGAGAGGCUGCCCAAGCCAGGUUCUGUGACAACCCAGGCACCCAAAAUCGCUGCCUCCCUCCCAUCAGCUCCAGCAGCUUUCCCAAACCUCAGCUUUACUCCAGCAGCUGCCUCCAGUUCUCCAACUCCUGCUGCCCCUCCCUCUACCGCCCCAUUCAGCCUCGGUCCUCCAGCUCCCGCUUCGUCGUCGUCCACCUCAUCGGGCUUCAGUUUUUCCCUCCCAGCGAGCUCCUCCACCUCGGCGCCCUCAGCUUUUUCCCUGGGCGGAUCCGCACCUUUUGGUUCAGGGUCCUCAAGCUUCUCUUUUGCUUCCAAGCCUCCGUCUGAAACUCCAUCUGCGCCUUCAGCAUUUUCCUUCAACAGCAUUUCCAUCAAGCCGUCACCAGUGGUAGCUCCAGCUCCUGCUGCAGCUCCUUCACCAGUUCCAGCUCCUCAGAGCCUCGCUGCUCCCUCUCCACCUACAGUCAAGCUGAAUCUCAGUGAAAGGUUUUCAGCUGUGGAGCCUCCCGCUCCAGCUUUCUCCUUCGCUCAGUCACUGCCUAAAACAGUUGUUCCCAGCUCCAGCGCUCUGACUGCUCCUGCUGCUUCCACCCCAAAACCCCCAGCAGCUUUAGCUCCAGUUCAGACCAGCACGCCUCUCGCCGCAAUCCAGAAACCUGCUCCUGCUGCCCAGAGCCGCAGCCAACCUCCACAGGCAGCUGUUAGUGUGAAGACCCUGGAGAAGCAACUGCAGCAGAAGAAAGACUCCGAUCCCAUUAUGGCGGGUAUAUUGGAGGAGAUUGCCCAUUUCCAGAAGGAAUUGGAUGAUCUGAAGGCGCGGAGCGCAAAAGCGGACUUUAAGAUCGGCACUAACGAGGAGAUGAAGGAGUUGAGGAAAGAGUCGGAGGACCUUCACGUUUUCACCUUGGAGAUCAAGGAAACUACAGAGUCUCUUCAUGGGGACAUCGGCACUCUCAAGACCACGACACUUGAGGGUUUUGCAGGGGCGGAGGAAGCCAAGACCCAGAAUGAGCUGAGCAAGGACAGAAGCUACAGGCAGCUGCUGUACAAAAAACCUCUAGACCCUCGCAGCGAGGAGCAGCUCAAGGAGAUUCGGAGGCUGUAUCAGUAUGUCAUUUCCGCUGUGGAGGACGUCAAUGAUGUGCUGGAUGUAGAGUGGGAAAAACAUCUGGAGAAAAAGAAGAAGCAAAAACACAUGGUUGUUCCUGGGCGCGAGGGUCUCUUCAAUACGCUGUCCAACAACCUGUAUAUUAUCAACCAAAUGAAGAAGAAACUGGACCAGCUGGUUAAAGAACUCACUUCUCUGCGCCUUUACAGCAAAUCAGCCACUCAAGUCCUUAAUCAAAGCAGUGCUCCAGCACCAGCAGCUGGUCUGGAAAGUGAGCUGGAGUCUUUAAGGGACGCACUGCUGAAAGCCAGGCUGGACACGACUCCUCCAAAGGCCAAAUCUCCACCUGUCAAGAUAUCACCAGUUAAACAAUCCCAGCUGCGCAACUUCCUCUCAAAGGGACAGAUGCCUCCCGUGCGCUCAACUGCUCCAGCCAACCUGUCUCGCUCCGCGUUCCUGUCGCCCAAAUACUACGAGGACUUGGACGACGUGAGCUCCACGUCCUCUCUGUCUCAGUCCCUGGACCCUCACCCAGCCCCCUUGGAGCUGGAAGAAGAGGAACUGCAGCCCCUCCCUCUUCCCAUGACCACUCUGCCUCCGUUGUCCACCCCCCGCCACCCCACAGUGGUGCGAACCCCUUCGAUCCAGCCGGGCUUCGGAGCCAUCCAGUCCACGCCUUUAACCAAAAUUCAUUCAGUACCGGGUGUUGCCUUUGGAAUCAGCCCGAUUGCCAGUCCAGUUCCAACAAACAAGAUCAAUCUCAGUGGUGCUGACAGCACGGCUCUGGCCACAAAGACCGUGAAGCAUGGAGCUCCGCCAACUGAAAGGACUGUCCCGGUCACUAUUCCUGCCCAACAAGCUGCAGCCAGCGCUGCUCUACGCAGGCAGUUGGCCAAUCAGAAGACUGCUGCCAUCAGCACUUCUUUAACGGAGUCUACUUUGAAGACCGUACCGCAGGUGGUCAACGUUCAGGAGCUCAACAACAAAGGGCCAACUGUGUCAGUUUCUCCAGUCAUCGGCUCCUCGGUGGCAGAUCCGACUGCUCAGACCUUUGCCGCGCUUACCUCCAACCAAGCUAAACGAAAUCCAACUCAAGUCAUUCAGAAGAUACCAACUGAAAGUUCUUCCAGCUCACAAUCGGGCUUUGUUUUCAGUCAGUCAUCCAAAACAGACGUCUCUGUGGCUCCAGCGAGCUCAGUGGAGCAAACCAGCAGCAAGGCUUUCUCUUUCACUUCAGGUUCCACAGGCUUCAGUUUCACUUCAGUUACACAAGGAGGUGGGACAACACAAGUGAAAGAUGUAAACAGAUUCUCCUUUGGUGGUGGAAACGGGACGAUGGUCUUUGGACAGGCAGGAGAGGAGCCAUUCACACUGACACCUAAGUCCACCUCCCCUGCUCUUGGCAAUGGAUCUCCCACUCUGCUUCCAAAUACAUCAGUCGAAGCAGCCAAACCAACCGCCGCCUCAGCCCUCCGGACAGAGACGCAGCUCCCGAAGCCAGUAGGAGGAGAGACUCUGGGCAGUUUUUCUGGACUACGUGUGGGUCAAGGAGAAGAAGCUAAAGAUGCUGCAACCAAACCUGCUUCUGCGUUUAGCUUUGGAGAUGCUGGACUUGGCAUUGGAAAGGGGGCAGCGCAGUUUAGCUUCGGUGCAGGUCUUCAGAAGUCUGCGGAGGAUUCCACAGCAGCAGACCUGUCUAAGGGGCCAGCGUCGGGUAGUUUGUUUAAACCUCCGGAACCAAGCACCAGGCCAGCAUUCUCGGUUCCCCAGCCUGUCCCGGCGGCCUCGCCGUUGCCUACAUCCUUCAGCAGUCUUCUUGCAGCCCCUUCAGAGCCAUCAGAGGAACCGAAAGCUGUCCCGCCACCGUCGGAACCGACGCCACCUCCUGAAAAGGAACCUGUGGUCAGCGAGCCUGUCGAGGAGAGCGCCAGUGUUCCUCCAGAACCUGAGCCCACAGUGGAGGUGCCUUCAACAGAGCAAGCAGCGCCGACACCGGCAGAGUCGACACUUUCACCACAGCCGGCCAUAGCUCCUGCUGCUCCAGACCCGCCGCCUGCCGUCCCUGCACCCACCGAGGAGCCAUCUUCAGCACCCGCCAGUGCUCCUUCCACAACAGAAGCCACCCCAGCCUCAUCAACUCCCGCUGCAGAGCCUGGUCCAGCCACUGUUCCCACAGCGCCGGCCUCUCUGGUAGCUCCCACCGCGUUCCAGGUGCCCGCCUCUGAAAAACCUGGCUCCAUUUUCACGCAGUCCACUCCUGUAACAACAGACAGCAGUUCCGUUCAGGUUGCACCAGUUAUCUCCACAGCAGCUCCUGCAGACACCACAUCUGCACCCACCGUUGUCAGCAGUGCAACGACUGCAGCGAGCACUGUGUUCGGCCAGCCGACUGCCCCGCCCGCCUCCUCUGCUGCCGCCCCGGCGUCCGCAGGGUUUGGUUCGGCUGGAUUUGGCGCAUCAACUGGAACUGGUUUUGGCAAAUCUGUUUUUGGCCAAGUGAGUGGCUUCGGUCAGCCCGCAAGCAGCACUGGGACAGCCAGUGGCUUUUCUUUUGGCCAAUCUGCAUUUGGAGCAGCUUCUGGUAGUGCGACUACUGGAGGAGGAGGAGGAGGAGGAGGAGGAGGAGGAGGUCUUUUUGGUGCUCCUACUGCUACCAAUGCAAGUUCCUUCUCAUUUGGAACCAGCAGUGCCAACACAGCUAGUAGCACCGGCACAGGGCUGUUUGGACAAAGCUCAGCUUCAGCUCCAGCAUUUGGUCAGAGCUCAGGAUUUGGUCAAGGAUCUGUUUUUGGGAGUAACACCACCACAUCCUCGGCAUCAGGAUUCAGCUUCGGUCAGUCCUCGGCUUUUGGUUGCUCCUCCGCCACCCCUGUGUUUGGCCAGCAGCAGAGCAGUGGGAGUGUAUUUGGACAGCAGCAGCCGGCAUCUGGUGGGGGUCUGUUCGGUUCCGGGUCAGCCAACACGGCCGGCUCAUCUGCUGGUGGAGGAUUCUUCAGUGGCCUCGGAGGCAAACCGAGUGAGGACGCAGCCAAUAAGAAUCCAUUCGGCACCACUACACCCGCUGGGGGGUUUGGACAGGCUGCUCAAGCAGGUACCAACAGUCUGUUCGGGAAUAGCGGUGCCAAGCCUCUGGGUUUCGGACAGUCCUCCUUUGGGGAGCAGAAGCCCGGAGGCUUCAGUACGGGUGGAGGGAGCGUCGCGUCACAGGGCUUCGGCUCCUUUUCCACACCAACAAAACCAGGUGGUUUUGGGAGCGCUCCAGUGUUUGGGAGUCCUCCUUCCUUUGGUGGCUCGCCAGCAUUUGGCGGCGCAGCAUCAUUUGGCUCAGGCCCUUCUUUCAGUAACGCCAUGGGCUCUACGGCAGGGAAGGUGUUCGGAGAGGGAACGGCGGCCUCCAGCAUGGGAGGGUUUGGGUUCGCCUCACCUCCCAGUGCGCCGUCCUUCGGUGCCCUAGCCAAUCAGAGUGCUCCGUCCUUUGGGAGUCUGGCUCAGCAGGGUCCGGGUUUUGGAGGUCAGCCCAGCAGCUUCUCAAGCUUCGGACAGCAGCCACAAGCUGGAGGAUUCUCUGGAAACACCUUUGGGUCUGCAAACCAAUGAUACCACGUCAUCAAAGCCCUAAUAUCAUCUGCUCAAACAUUUGCCUCCUGGAGAAGCUAGUUUCAUUAAACCUCUGAGCUCCUACUUAGACGCCGGGGCGGCAGCUCGUCCAUCACUCAGCCUCUCAGUGCCACACAGUGGGAGACGGGAGGGCCGGUGUUGCGUUUGUGUCGGAGGGGUAAACAAAGUCACGCAGAAGAUUUCGCUCACAUGCAUUUUCCCUUGCAGAACGUGUAGAUUUCAGAAAUGGUGACAGCUGCAAAGAAUGUAGGAUGCAAAGACCAGUACAUUGCUGUUGUGUCCAGACUGCGCUACAGUUUUGUAUCCUCUUCUGUUUUGUAAUCGUAUCCAUGAUUUGCAGUGAUGUUGCUUUGUGUGUUCAUUUUUUUUUUUUUUUAGAGAGAUUUUAAAUUUUACUGUGCGCCUUGAAACAUGCAGAUGUGACAACUUUUUUUAAACAUUUUCACACAUCAAACCAUGUGAAAUUUUACUCUCAGAUUUGCUGUUUAAUAAAACUGAACCCAUUUUCUAGAAGUCUCUAUAUAAAGGAUGUACACCGAGAAUGUUCAAGGUUAGCCAUGUUUUGGAUUCUAAUAAAAAUGCUGUAGUUCAGAUUUUGAAGAGGAGUCACAGCUUUUUUUUAUGCUUCGUUCAGGAAAUUCAUCUGUUGAUGUAUAUUUUUACACCAAAAAAGCUAAAAUAAAUCGAUUUCCCCAA